AUGGGGAGAAAACUGGAUCUUUCUGGCUUGACUGAUGAAGAAGCUGAGCAUGUACUGCAGGUGGUUCAGCGAGAUUUCAGCCUUCGUAAGAAAGAAGAAGAAAGGCUGAGUGAAAUGAAGCAGAAGUUGGAUGAAGAGGGUAACAAGUGCAACAUCCUUUCCAAGCAGCAGAAGUUCAAUGAGCACUGCUGUAUUCGCUGCUGUUCCCCUUUCACCUUUCUUAUCAACAGCAAGCGACAGUGCCAAGACUGCAAGUACAACAUCUGCAAGAGCUGCAGCUCUUACCAGAAGAAGGAGAAGGCUUGGAUUUGCAGUGUCUGCCAGCAAGCAAGGUUCCUGAGGACCCAGUCUCUGGAUUGGUACUAUAAUAAUGUGAAGAGCCGUUUUAAGUGUUUUGGAAGUGCCAAAGUCCUGAAGAACUUAUACAAGAAGCAUAGACUGGAAAGCGGAGUUUGUCCUGAUGUAAUAGAAGGAGGUUUUUUUGAAGGGAGCUUUGAAAAUGAAGGAAGCAUUUGUGGCAGUGACUCUACAUUCUGCAGACAGACAGAAGGACACAGCAUGAUGGAUACCCUUGCUGUGGCCUUACGUGUUGCAGAGGAAGCAGUGGAAGAAGCUAUUUCUAAAGCAGAGACCUACAGUGACAGUCUGGACAAGCAGAACGAGGCUUGCUACUUGCAAAAACACAAGGAGGACCUCAUAGAAGAGCUGGCCACAACCAUCGUGCAGAAGAUUAUAAAGAAGCCAAAAAGCAAAACCGAGCAGGCUGAAGCUGACUUUGAAUGGCCACCAUCCAGGAGCAGUGGCCUGGCAUCCGUUGCUGUUUCAGAUCAGAGUAUGCUGACUUUUCCAGGGAGUCGCAGGGGAUCCUACACAUUAUGGAGGUCUCAGUCUGCAUUUUCCCUGGCUAGUGAAGAUAUGCCGAGUAAAGGACUAGACCCUGCAUCGUCUGUGUCUGAGGCUCUUUGGAGGCAGCAGAAAGGACAAUUCAGGAAACAGAAGGAACGCAAGCUCUCUGCAUUACCCAGCUGGAAAAGUGUGGACAGGCUAAAUGAAACAAAUCCUCCCCAUGUUUUACAAAGCACUGAUGGAAACUGGGUGGCUUUGCAGAAUGUUACUUUGCCUCGUCCUCGAAUGCUCGCCAAACCAAAGAGUCAAGUAUUUGAAGCUUUGGAGAAUGAAUCCAGUGUUGUGUCUGCAUAUGAUGAGAUGGGCUCAGACAGUGAGGAUGACUACAACUGGAAUGUGGCCUUGAACAAGCUGCGUCGAAGACCUCGGCAAUUACCAGAUGAUUUCUAUUAUACCAGUUCCCAGUAUGAUUCUGAGAGGGGGUAUGGUAAUGAUCAGUACCAGGCAGUAACCUCACCUUCCUCUGGGUUAUAUAUCAAUACUGAGACACUGUUCUCUGAUUCUGAAACAUCUUCAGUAAACUCUUCCCAGGAAGCUAAAGGAUCUAGCAAACUUCUCUGGUUACAAAGCAGAACUCAGAGUGAUGUGCCCAGAAUGGAAAAAAAGCAUUUCCACGGAGAGCUGGAUGUAAAUUUCAAUCCGCAGGCAACCAGCUUGGAAUAUUCGGAUAGCAGCGAGACUGAAGAAGUCCAUUAUGAUUUACAAAAGAAAUCAAGAAGGUGGAGGAAGAACAAAAUCUCUGAAGAGAUAUGUGAAGCAAAAAAACACACAAAAGCCAACAUGAAGAAUUUAAGUCAGGAUUUUGAUGAUUUAUCAGAAACAGAUAUAAGCAGUGAGGAUCAGCAUUGUAAUAUCAAGCCCGACCUUAUGGAAGAGGAGCUUAAAUCCAGGUUAUUUCAGCUUGGAGCUAAAAUGAGCGACAAGGAAACAUCUUCUGGUGAAGAACAAGAGUCUGGACCUAGAACAGACCCUGAAAACCAGAAGGAGAGUUUGUCCUCAGAAGAAAAUGGCAAAAGUAUUCAGGAGGAGUUAAAGAAGGAAAAACAAAAGACUUUUGAUCUUCAUUUAAAGCUGCAGUUUUUAUCCACUGUAUUGCAGCAGAAGUACUCUGCUGUCUCUCUCUGCAACAUAUCUACAGAGGUCCUGAAAAUCAUCAACGCCACCGAGGAACUGAUUGCAGAAUCCACCAGUCCCUGUGAUUUCCCAGAUGAUGCUCAGGACAAGGGAAGAGGGACGUUCCCACUGGGGACAGACCCCAUCAGACUUGAUGAGCAGCUCACUACACUGGAAGAAAACGUGUACCUGACAGCUGUCACGGUGUAUGGGCUGGAGGGGCAGCUGACCGGCCUGGAGGACGCAGCACGCAAGAUCAACAGCAUUACAGCAGAGUCGGAGCUGGCCGAGCUGGAGGAUCAGGUGGCCACAGCAGCCGCCCAGGUUCAUCACGCGGAGCUUCAGAUUUCAGAUAUUGAGAGCAGAAUAUCAGCUCUCACUGUUGCAGGCUUGAAUGUGGCUCCAUGUGUUCGCCUGACAAGGAAACGGGAUCAAAAGCAAACAAACCAGAUGCAUACAAUAGACACAUCAAGACAGCAGAGGAGGAAACUUCCGGCUCCACCAGUAAAAGGUGAAAAAAUAGAUGGUUCUCCAAUUACCACUGUCAGAACGUUUAAUAGAAACUUCAUGCUUCAAGGAUCUCUAACGCAAAGAACUAAAGAGAGGAAAAGCACUGCCAAGGACUUAAUGGAACCUGCUAUAGGAUCUGCUGUGAUGUACUAA